AUCGGAGAAGACUGUCAAGAGGCAGAAAGCCUCGAGCUGAGUUCUCAACUGCUGAUUUCAAUUCCUCUGCUUUUUUCGCUCUCCAUUCACAGAUCCAUACCGAUUCAAUCUCGCUACACAGAAAGCUCUCAAUCUCACAAGUAACUCUACGUCAGACGAUCACUUGCGAGUCAUGUCCAUGGAAAACCGACACAGUCCAAGCAAAUCACCACAAGGUGCAGUCCGCGAAGAGCUGUACCUGCCGGAAGAGGAAGAGCUCGCCGAAUUCGGAGUUGUGGUGACGGAGGAAAGGAGAGCUGUUCUGGAGGAGCAAAGGAGAGCUCUCAUGGCCGAAGAAAGAAGAGCUAAUCUAAUGUUCCCAACCCUCACAGAGGCACAAGGCCGUCCUCGUGAAUCACUCAGGAAACGCAGGGGUGGUCUGCCGAAAAAAAAGAAACCAGAAGCAUCAACAUCAGCAGCACCAGCACAAGAAGAACCACAAGCACUACUACCCGCAGCAGCUCCUGAUGACGUGGCCGAAUCCCCAUCCUCAUCCCAGCAAACCGAACAAUCUUCUGUGACUGAUGGCUCGUCUGAUGCCAAACCAGAAAAAAUGGUGCAGCUACCUGUAUCUACUAACAUGCCUCAAGAUGAAAAUGAA